CCUUGGUCGACAGCCGCGCUUUCCCGCUCGCGUCGCAGCCUCCGGUGCCACCGCCGCCUCCGCCAUGCCCAACAUCGUGCUCUUCAGCGGCAGCUCGCACCAGGACCUGUCCCAGCGCGUGGCCGACCGCCUGGGCCUGGAGCUGGGCAAGGUGGUCACUAAGAAGUUCAGCAACCAGGAGACCAGCGUCGAGAUCGGUGAGAGCGUGAGGGGCGAAGAUGUCUACAUCAUCCAGAGUGGCUGUGGAGAAAUCAACGACAACCUCAUGGAGCUUCUCAUCAUGAUCAACGCCUGUAAGAUCGCGUCAUCUUCCAGGGUGACUGCUGUGAUCCCGUGUUUUCCGUAUGCUCGACAAGACAAAAAGGACAAGAGCCGUGCUCCGAUUUCUGCGAAACUUGUGGCCAAUAUGCUGUCAGUGGCUGGGGCAGAUCACAUCAUCACCAUGGACCUGCACGCCUCUCAGAUCCAGGGAUUCUUUGACAUCCCCGUGGAUAAUUUGUACGCGGAGCCCGCAGUCCUGCAGUGGAUCCGGGAGAACAUCGCCGAGUGGAAGAACUGUAUCAUAGUUUCACCCGACGCCGGGGGAGCCAAAAGGGUCACCUCGAUUGCGGACAGGCUGAAUGUGGAAUUUGCCCUGAUUCACAAAGAGAGGAAGAAAGCAAACGAAGUGGACCGGAUGGUUCUGGUGGGCGACGUGAAGGACCGCGUGGCCAUCCUCGUGGACGACAUGGCGGACACGUGUGGCACCAUCUGCCACGCUGCGGACAAGCUACUCUCAGCUGGAGCCACCAAAGUUUAUGCUAUCCUGACGCACGGGAUCUUCUCUGGGCCAGCUAUUUCCAGAAUAAAUAAUGCCGCCUUUGAAGCUGUUGUGGUCACAAACACCAUUCCGCAAGAGGACAAAAUGAGACACUGUCCCAAGAUUCAGGUUAUUGAUAUCUCGAUGAUCUUGGCAGAGGCGAUCCGAAGAACACACAACGGUGAAUCUGUGUCUUACCUGUUCAGCCACGUCCCGCUAUAGAUCCCGGACGUGGGGUACGGAGCAGGCCUGUUCUGGCUGCUGGCUUGUGUGCAUUUGUCUCUUCUUAGUUUUAGGACUCAGCAAUUAUAGGAUAAUGCAAAAAGCAUUCGAUCUUUGUAUACCGCAGGAGCCAUGGUUUUUCUCCUCCUCAAGCUCAAGACCAUUUAUUUCCAGUUUGGGGUGAGGGUGGUGGUUAUUUCAUCUUGUUAAGUGAACUGUCAUUAAUGAGCUAUGUUUUGUCAUCCCGACUUGUUCUAGUAGGUGACCUUUUUGUUUUUGUUUUUUUUUCUUCAGUAUUUUGAGGCCACAACUCAAAAUAUAUAUAAUUCCACUGUGUAAGUUCAUAGUUUAUAUAUUUUGAGGUUGCCAAAGGUGACUUCAGAUUAAAGCCUUCUGUGUAAAUAAUGAUAAUGCCUAUGGACAUUUGGGUAAAACCCUGUAUACAGAAUUAGCCUUUUACUUCGGAGUGAAUCUUAGAAAAUUUAUAAUACCCUGAAUUUUGAUUUUUUUUUUUUUAAGUAACCAGAUGUCAAAUGAACCAUUGUGGUUAUUGUGCUUAAUUUGACCAAAUUUUAUGUGGCUUAAGAUGGCCACGGACACGUUUACCUUUUGAUAAACGUUAGCCGUAUCAGAGGCAAUGUAGUUUGGUGUCUUUUUUGUUAUUGCCACUUCUGAAAAACAUGGUGUAACUAUCACUUACCUGCAGUGUCACGUUCUGAAAUUGCAAAAUUUGUGUUUGGCAACAGAUCUGAUUGAGAAAGUGUCGAGAUAGACCCUGUGGGCUGACUGGUGGCCCUCACGCUGUGCUCUGGCCAUCCCAGGGGGACAGCUCUUUGAGCGGCUCCUGUCCCGCCAUCUUAUUUUACGGCCUGUUUUUAGCUCUAGCUUUCACGUUGCCUUUUUUGCGAGAAUUUCAUGUUGUGGGGUUCCACCAAAGCACAGCCUCCCCUAAGCCCCCUCAAACGCACUAGUCUGAUUGUUAUUUUGUUUUUAACAUAAUAAAAAGGUGAAUUUUUGUGACAGCCACCAAAUGAGUAGUUGAACAUUCCAUCCUUCAUUUGAAUUUCAUAUGCCUUUGCCUCAAAAGUAGCAAGUCUCCUAGUCAACUGAUUAUUUUAACUAAAACUGUUAAAUGAAAAAUGUGGGUAAGGCUGAUGACAAAAAGCACAAAUAAGUAAGCAUUAAUUGCUCUAUUAAGAUCAUGUCAACACGGUGGCAGAUGCCUCGCGGAGGAUGUUGUGACUUUUGUUAGAUGCACCUUGGUGCACAACCACCUGAAUUUUUCAGCCCCGAAAGAGGAGAAUCUGCCUCAGAGACAAAGCCCUGGUUAUAGUAACAGUCUCUCCCUCUGCCCAAUCUCAAAACUCAAAGAGAGGAGACCCUCUGCUCUAAAUUCUGCAGGUGAGAAAAUCCGAUCUUUAAGUCAUUAAGAGACUUGAACCACAGUCUUUAAGCUUUCAGACUUCACUGCAGCAGAGGUCGAGAUUUAAAAUUUUUUUUUUUUUUAACGUUUAUUUAUUUUUGGGACAGAGAGAGACAGAGCAUGAAUGGGGGAGGGGCAGAGAGAGAGGGAGACACAGAAUUGGAAACAGGCUCCAGGCUCUGAGCCAUCAGCCCAGAGCCCGACGCGGGGCUCGAACUCACGGACCGCGAGAUCGUGACCUGGCUGAAGUCGGACGCUUAACCGACUGCGCCACCCAGGCGCCCCAUGAGAUUUAAAAGGAUCAUUUCGGUCAGUGCAUUGUGCUGUACCUUAAAAUGGCUUCUGAGAAAACAGUGGUAUUACAGCCUGUUAGCAUCAGCCCUACGAUAUGGACUGGCUCUAUCUAGGAAGAGUUGACUGGAGAUCUGGAAAGAGCCUAUUUCGAUGUAUGUGAUUUUUAGUUUCAAUAAAUGAGUGCUGUCUCUUUCUGGGAAUUCCUACGCACAGGCAACUGAAAAUGUAGCCACGAGUGCGCGUGGGUAGACGGCCUUGGGAUACUAGUGUAGACGCGUUGACGUGACUGCAGAAAGUUGAGUUAAAGGUAAUCAUUUCAUCUUAAGAUGGACUCUAAGAUCUAGAGCUAGUUUUAAAAUCUUCACAUAAAAAAAAUCUGCAUGGUCAUUAUCAUGAACUGAUUGUUUCUCUCAUUUAGCCUCACUUUUUGUUUUCAAGUACUUCUGGUACAUUAACUGAUUAGGCUAGACUUGGCCACACACAGUGGCAAUGUAGUCCUUAACCGUUUGAUGGUUUCACUUCAAGAAGGAUGACGAAGGUGACCUCAGGAGUGGCCCGAUCCCAGAACUUGGGUAUCCCCUGCUGCUUGCCUGGAAACAGCGAAGUGAUGAUGAAUUGAAGUGAUGAUGAAUUGAAGUGAUGAUGAAUUGAAGUGAUGGAUGAAUUGAAGUGAUGAAUGAAUGAGCCCAGUAGAUUGGUUCUGUCCAAUUCUGCUGAACGGGGCUGGACUCCCAUAUAUCCAGCCAAAAGGGGAGUGAGAGAAAUACAGAAAUACCAAAGCUGCUCAUCUUCCAACUUAAAUUAUAUUAAUCAGCUUACGGAUGCUCGUAUUAGAACUUGCCUCUGUUAGAUGUCAACUAGAUUCAAGAAAAUAUAAUUUGCAGUGCUUGUAUUUUUUUAGAAUAUAGGGUUUUAAGAUUGUCCCAACACUGUACUAAACCACAUCAAUAAAAUCAUGCUACUACUUUC